CUAUAGUAGCUAGAACCAGCUGUACCUCUCUCUCUCUCUCUCUAAAUCAGGAAAGAGAAACAAGAGAGGGUGUGACUGUGAGAGUGAGGAGGUCCACAUGAACAUAUAUAUGUAUAUAUAUAGUCUCUCUAGCAACUAUACAGCUGCCACAACUUGCAGUAGUUGUGUAGUAAUGCAGCAACGUCGUACAUUAAUUUUUCUUAUUUAUCUCAUCUCACAUUAACUUUCCCUACUUAAACUUAAAUAGCUAGACCCCCCCAUAACUCACCCAUCAAUACAUAUCUGCUCUAUAAACAUAUAUAUAUAUAUAUAUUUUUUUUUUCAUUUUCUCUCCUCGAUCUGUAUAUUAAUUUUCCCGGAAAAUUAAAAAGAAAGUAAGAGAGAAUAUGGCACUGGUACUGGUACUUAGGAACGUUUUAUUACUAGUGUUGGUGUUAGCAGUGUCAGUAGUACUGUCUUUUACUACUACAGCCGAAGCCAGUGAUAAUGGUUUUGGAGCUACGAAACAAAGAGAAUUGGAUCGAAUCUGGCCUGGUCUUCCCGGUCAACCUAAAGUGGGAUUUUCACAGUUCUCUGGCUAUGUCACCGUCAACCAAGAACAUGGUCGAGCUCUCUUCUAUUGGCUCACUGAAGCUACAUCGUUUCCGCACCAAAAACCUCUUGUUCUUUGGCUCAAUGGAGGACCAGGUUGUUCCUCAGUAGCAUAUGGAGCAUCAGAGGAGAUUGGACCAUUUCGGAUCAACAAAACUGCUUCAUCUCUUUACCUUAAUAAAUAUUCUUGGAAUAGAGAAGCAAAUCUUCUAUUUCUUGAAUCACCUGCUGGUGUUGGCUUCUCCUAUACAAAUACAAGCUCUGACCUUAAAAACUCCGGGGACAAAAGGACAGCUGAGGAUGCUCUAGUUUUCCUACUCAAAUGGAUGUCAAGAUUUCCAGAAUACAAAUAUAGAGAUUUCUACAUUGCUGGAGAGAGUUAUGCAGGGCAUUAUGUUCCACAGUUGGCAAAGUUGAUAGUCAAUUACAACAAAGCACAUUCUAAGUCCAUCAUCAAUAUUAAAGGCUUCAUCGUAGGGAAUGCUGUAACAGACAACUACUACGACAGCAUUGGAACGGUGACGUAUUGGUGGAGUCACGCAAUAAUAUCGGAUAAGACAUACAAGUCCAUCCUCCGGCAUUGCAACUUCACCGCCGAUAUGGCCUCCAACGCCUGCAACGACGUCGUUUCCUACGCCAUGAACCACGAGUUCGGUGACAUCGACCAGUACAGCAUAUACACUCCCACCUGCGCCACCUCUUUGCUCUCUAAUAAUAAUGCCACCACAACUAAACACUUGAGGCUCAAAAACACUCUUCUCCGCCGGAGAUUUUCCGGCUACGAUCCAUGCACGGAGGGCUAUGCCGAGAAGUAUUACAAUAGGAAGGACGUCCAACGAGCCAUGCAUGCUAACACUACUGGAAUUCCCUAUAAAUGGACUGCUUGCAGUGAUGUUCUGAUCAAGAAUUGGAAAGAUUCUGAAAAUUCAGUAUUGCCCACGUACAAGUACUUGAUUGCAGCUGGCCUAAGGAUAUGGGUUUUCAGUGGAGACACAGAUUCAGUGGUUCCAGUCACUGCCACAAGGUUCUCCCUCAGCCAUCUUAAUCUCCCCACGAAAACUAGGUGGUAUCCAUGGUAUACAGGAGGACAGGUUGGAGGAUGGACAGAGGUUUACAAGGGGCUAACUUUUACAACAGUCAGAGGAGCUGGCCAUGAGGUUCCACUCUUUCAGCCAAAACGAGCUUUCAUUCUCUUUAAAUCGUUUUUGGCAGGUAAAGAAUUGCCAAAAUCUUGACAGUGGAAGAGUUUCAACAAGAAGGGUGCAUAAGUUUGAAAGAGAUGACCACAAAAAUGAUGGAUUAGUGAUGAAGCAACUAGAUAUAGGAACCAUUCAUUCAAGUUCAGUAAUGAUAUUCUCAUGUAAUUCACUUCUGUCUUGUAUAUUCUAGUAAACUGGGAAUGCAAGACAGAAAUUUAAAUUCAAACAUUAGAAAAAUUCUUCAAUGCAAGACAUUUUUCAAUCACCAAAAAUGCCCACACCACAAUAGAAUGC